AUGGUACCAACUUUGCUGUUCCAAGCAGGACAGUUGCCCUUAGCUCCUGCUGCAGGUGUGAACCAAGAGCUGGCUUGGCAGAUGUUGCAGGCGCAAGAUGAGCAGAUUCGACAGCAGUCUGCUCAGAUUGCGCAGAUGACUGUUCUGCUCCAGCGAGCACUCGAAUUGGCAAACACCAACGCAAGAGCUGCAGCGGCACCUGUAGCGGGACCUGUUGUGAACACGUCUGGAAGCGGUGGAGAAGCAACAGUGACGACGACAGUUGACACUAGUGGGCCGAUGGAAGUGGACACUGGCUUGCGCUCGAGGUAUGCAGAAGAACUCAAUGAAGCAGAGCAGUCUUCUUUUGAGGUGAAGCAAGCUGCCUUGGUGACAGGGAAGGCGGCGAGAAGCACCAACUUGUGGUUCUUGCUGAAGCAGUCAAUGAGCAGAUUUCAGAGGGCUGUGGCGAUCGCUCGCUACGGCUGCGCCAGACUUGGACUGCUGGGCAUAGCCGAUCUUGA